GCCCCAGGCACGUUGAUUCGGGAAGAGAAGUACCCCAACAUUGCCUUCAAGUCGCUCACGGACAUCAUCCGCACCUUCCUCUUCACCGACUGUGCCCUUCCGGAGGGCUCCUACCCCACGGUGGCCGUGCUGGCGGUGGCGGGGGUGGUCCUGAACAAUGCGUCAGGAAUCCUAGCACGUCCUCUUGGUGCCAUGCCUGGGCUCAGCGUUGUCGAGCCCGAGAUGCACCAGCAACUGGUGCGGCCUCGGAACAAGGUGUUCAGAAUUGGCGGCGAGAUUUACGACUCCAGCGGAGAGGAUGCCCAGCGAUGCCCGCUGCCCUUCCUGCCACCGAAGCAGAAGGUCUUCGAUAUGUUCUUCUUCUGGGAGCUCUACGACUACCUCGCCAAGCGGUGCCUGCGGCAGGAUGUUCCACUGAUGGCGGUCAGGAACAUGUCCUGCAAGAUCAUGAUCGUCUUCAACGAGCCGGACCCGCAGGACGUGAACUUCUUUGGGAGCCUCUCCAAGAAGUUCUGCUCCUGGAAGGACAUCCGAAGGUCUCUUUUGACCGAGGGCCACCCGACCAUCCAGCUCACCACAGUGGAGAGGAUCUUCCUUAUUUUUGACGACGACCAAAGCUGCAAGUUGGCCCAGGUCUGGUUCUGGUUCAUCUUGGUCGUGACGGUGGCCAACCUUGUCAGCAUGGUGCAGCCACGCUACAUUCAGACCAUGUGCGAGAUGGCCGAGCUUCACGAGUGCACGAGCGCCUUCAAGGUGACCUGCCUCCUCGUCUUCAGCGUGGACUACUUUGUCCGGCUUGUAUGUGCCCCCUUUGUCAGGCUUGAGCUGCUGUCCCCGCACAUGGAGUACUUCAACCUCGACGACUUCUCCCGGAAGCCCUACACCCCGAAGAGACGCCUCAUUGAGUUUGCCAAGAAGUCCGACAACCUCGUGGACCUCAUCGCCAUCAUGCCUUACUGGGUGAACAUCCUCGUGGGCCAGUUCCUGCCGUCCUCCUCUUUCCUCCGGAUCAUCCGCCUUGCCCGGCUCUUCCGCAUCGCCAAAUCGGCCCGGUACCUGGACAUGCUGCAGGUCCUGGUCAUGACACUCUGGAAGAGCUUCAGCAUGGUGGCGAUAUUGUUCGUUCUGAUCCAGCUCGUCGCUCUGAUCGCCGGGUGCCUGCUGCAGGAGUUUGAAGAGGACGGCAGCGAGGCAGCUUUUGAGUCAGUUCUGUCUGCCUGGUACUGGAUCUUCUGCCGGCUCAUCGGCAUGAAAGACACCCCGUACCAUGCCGGCAAGGUCCACACGGACGGGGGCAUCGCCAUCCUAGCGAUCACUCUUACCCUGAAGGGGGUGCUGUGGAUCGUUCCAAUUGCCCGGAUCAAGCAGAUCUUCCAGUCCGAGUACAACGCAGUGGUCAAAGGAAACAACCUGCACCAGAAGGUGGUCAAGGAUCUCCUUGGGCAGCUUCACGACGCGGCCCUGGACAACGUGGCCAGCCCCACGCACGGAAGCAUCUACGCCCGCAUGGAGGUGGUGCUGGAGAAUGGUCGCCUCCAUGCGAACGUGCCGCUUCCCAUCCAUCACGCGGAUUGUAAGGACAUCCCUGAGUUCGUCGUGGCCACAUCCUCCGCGGACUUGGCGGAUGUGAGUGUCAAGGUGGGCAUGCGGUGGGAGCCGGACCCGUCCAUGAAAACCCACGAUGAGGCGUUGCCUUUUGGCAAGCUCCACUUGUCGGUGGUCAGCGUGGAACCCGAGCAUGACAUCAAGGAGGUGACCUGGCAGGUUCCAUGCGACUUGUUCCGUCCGGAGUGGAAGACGGCUGCUUGGAACGACCGCACCAGCGGCAUGUGUAACUUUGCCAUCAGCUGGCGCGGAGAACACGUGGCGGACAUGUCGGCGAGAAAGGAGAAGCACGAUGACGAGCAAACGACUUUGGAGUAUGGUGAGUUCCAGGCGAAGGUCUUGCACCUGCUCAAUCAGCAGAACAUCACGUUGCAGAGCCAACGGAAGAAGAUGGAGGAGCUUCAGAAGCAGCUCCAGCCGGUCGAUGUAUCGCCACGGCCCAGUCUCACCCCGGCAGAAAAACCUCCGACUUCAAAGGCGCGUCGGGCAGCGGGCUAUGUGGAGAUUCUCCGGUUCCUGGUGAAAGGUGGAUUUGAGGCGCAGAGGUUUCUCCUGGUUGGCUUGCUACGGUGCCGCUUCACCAACCUGGACUGGGUGGUCAUCGGAAGCGAGCUCGAGGCGGAGCUGAAGAUCGGCAGAGUCGAGGUCAUCAAUGACUUCGUGGCACAGGGCUACGGCAUGCUCACGUUGGACAGCGAAGAGGUCACCAAGCUCAAUGACGCGAAUGCAGUGCCCAAUGGCACCAUCGCCUGCAUUGGAGCUGGCACAGGCCUCGGGCAAUGCUUCUUGGUCGCGGAUACCCAGACAGGCGAAUACACUUGCCACCCCAGCGAAGGACAGCACGGCGAGUUUGGCCCUCGCGGGGCUGGCAGCGACGAGCUGAAGUUGGAGUUGCUCAAGUACCUGAAGAUCAAAUUUUCCAACGCCGGCAACCGCAUCUCCACCGAGCGUGUGGUCUCAGGCACGGGCAUCUGCAACAUCUACGAGUUUCUGGCCUACAAGCAUCCGCACGAAGUGGAUGAGGAGGUGCACAGCCUGCACAACGACCGGCCGAAGGAUGCAGGGAUCAUCGCCAUGAAUGCGAAGCCUGGGACGCUGUGUGAGAAGACCAUGAAGAUCUUCGCCGAUGCCUAUGGUGCCCAGUGCGCCACCUUCGCCCUCUACGUACAGCCCUUUGGAGGCAUCUACAUCACCGGAGGUGUGACGAAGAAGAUCCGAGAGUGGCUUUUGAAGGAGGGCUCCUUCAUGAAGGCCUACUACGACAAAGGCCGGCUCACUCCGGUGUUGAACCGCGUGCCUCUGGUGAUCGUCGAGGGCGACGACAUGGGCCAGCGCGGAGCCCAUCUUCGUGCGGUGAUGCUCUUGAAGCAGGCGGUCAAGGAGCAGGCCCGACGAUUGUUCGAUACACUGGAUUUCAACCACGACGGGCUGCUGAUGGUGGGUGAGCUGGAGGGCUUGUUUGAAAUGGCGGGAGACAAAGCUGGAAGGCACAGGCAAGAGCUGGCCAUCAAGUUGCUGCAGGAGCUGGACGACAACAAGGACGGGCAUCUCGAUUUCGAGGAGUUCCUCAAGGGCUACGCCAAGCUGCCCACGAAGAUGAUCUCCGAGUCUCCCUUCCUGCACUCGCACAGGGAGGAGCCGAAGAUGGACCGAUCGGAGCUGGUCUCACCGCCCGAUCGCGGCAACGACGUCGACAGCCAGGCGGCCCUUGCCAAGGAGCUGCAAAAGUACCAGAGCCGUUCCCGCCGGGAGAAGAUCGAUCCUUUCAAGGAUGACAAUGCACCAGUUUUCCAGACCAGGCUUUUCAAGCUUCUCGUAGACUGCGACCGCACGGAGGAGGAUGCAUGGGUGCCUCGGAUGUAUUGGGUGAGCAACGAAGGUGGCAUUUGCUACCACAGCGUCACUGA